CUUCUACCCAUAUACAUUAACGUGGCUGAAAAUCGAGCAGUCCUGGCACAUCUGCCUUACGAAGAGGCAACCAUAAAGAAAGCGAAGGAAAUCAAACAGUUAAAAAGGCCGAAUAUCCGGGGGGGAAAGCGAGCAGUCAUUGGAAUCAAAGACACCAGUGCGACUGGUUAAUAUUGUUUCUGAUUUUACGAAUUUCUAAAAAAAUGAAUAAGACGGUAAUAUGUGUAAUUUCCGUUGUGGGAGGUAUUGCCUUUGGGAUGUACCAAGCUUUUUCUGCUGAGCUGGAUAAAUCAAGAAAGCGUUGCUCAUCUAUAUGUAUCUAUGAGAGCGGGAGAGAUGAGUACACACUGUCUUUGGACUGUGGACAUGAAUUUCACCAAUUAUGUAUUCGUGCAUGGCAAAAAGUAAAUACGGAGGAAUGUCCUCUUUGCAAAAAGGAUCCUAAAUAAUUCUCAGUAGACGAAGAUAUCGGGUUGAUGAUCUAUGGAAAAGAUGGGUACACAAUUCGCAAAUUAUAAUAAGUUAUGUGAUUUCUAUAUAUGUAUACAACAGUGUCUAAUUUGAAUAAACAGAUAAAAUAAUGUACGAAUAAAUAAAAUGGCUAAAAAUUCUUUGA